GCCGGGCCUCGAAGCUGGGCUGACUGUGAACCUCGUCCUCUCCUCUCCUUCAACGGCUGCUCCGCCUCUCUUUCCUGCACCAUGAUAAUGCUGCGAUAGAUGCUCGCUGGGCAAGUACUUCUGCGUCGUGUACUCUUGAUUUCUCCCCCACAUUUGCCUGCAGCGUCCAUGGAGCCCGCCGCCAAGCGCCUGCCAUCGAUAAGGAAGUGAGUGACCUCGCAUGACGAUUGCGACUCCCGACUGCGACUUUUAAGUUCCCCGUUCGGCGCCGGGACUGCCUGUUUGUCGACAACAUGGUGUUUCGCCGGCUGCCAUGGGAGCUGGCCUGCGCCCUCUUUUCCUUGACAGCCAUGGCGGGCAAUGUCGCGCCCUCGAACCAGACUACGCGCAUCUCAACUUACAGCGGAAGUAUCUCGUUGCAGGCAGUCAAUGGGCAAAAUUUAACAGAGCUGGUAUCUUUGACGCGCAAAGCGAUAGUCGAAAACGGAGCCCCGAUUCACGGAAACCUUUACAACACCAACGAGUCAAGCGUAGGUAACAUCACCUCAGAAGAUAUUAGCUACAUAAGCUGCGACUCUAGCGUAUAUCCCGGGAAUAUCGAUGGCCUUAAACUUUUCGAGGCAGCUUGGCAGAAAAACAUCUCGGCUGCCAUCUUCUAUAGCACAACCUCCGACUUUUGUAACUAUACCGGCCUCACCGAACAGCUGCAGGACUAUCCAAUAUUCUCUUCAACAAACAAGGAUAACUCCAAGAAGAUUCUGGCUGAUCUUCAGGGGCCCGUCUCGAUUAAAUUCAUCGUCAAUAUCGAGCGCUUUGGAGGGGGUUCCGAUGGAAAUAAUCAGUCCGGUCAUGGCAAUCGCGGUUCCAAUGACCCGAAUAAUCAAAAUCCUCUGGGACCGUCGCCUUCAACUGCCGUUGCAAUGAUUAUUCUCUACAGCAUUACCGGCAUCAUCACCGCUCUCUUCCUUGUCAUCAUCAUUACCGGUGCCGUAAGAGCCCAUCGCCACCCGGAUCGAUAUGGUCCUCGGGACGUCCUAGGGAGGCCGCGGCAGAGCCGCGCACGGGGUCUAGGAAGAGCUAUCUUAGACACAAUCCCCAUCGUCAAGUUUGGUGAACGUGAGCCUCCGAAGCCGACGGAUGUUGAAAUGGGGUCGACAUCGGAACCUCGGAAUGCGAACAACGCGAAUACAGAAGGUGGGGGUCAGAAUAACCAAGACGGAUCUGAGACCCCCAAAGCACCAGAACAAACGGAGGCAAGUCGGGACGUCGGGGAUGAGCAGCAGGAAGGAAUCGCUCCUGCUCAGCCCUUAGCCGCAGGAGCAGCAUCGCCGUCGUCGCAGGAAAAUGGCUCCGCUGACGAAGGGCUUGGUUGCUCGAUUUGCACGGAUGAUUUCGAGAAGGGACAGGAUAUUCGCGUACUGCCAUGCAAUCACAAGUUCCAUCCGGAAUGCGUUGAUCCGUGGUUGUUGAACGUGUCCGGCACAUGCCCAUUAUGCCGUGUCGAUCUUCGGCCAACAACAUCCCGCACGUCCACCACCGACGAUGAUAACGACCCCGAGCUACUAGCCCCACCUCUUCAGCCCGAAGCCGAAGCAUCCAACCGCCGUCGCUCAGCCCUCCGCGACAUAUUGUCCCUACGCUCCCGUCCCAACGCCUCAGCUGAAGAACGCAUCUCCGCGCUCAGACGGCUUCGCGAACAGCGCCGCAAUCAAAGUAGAGAAGACGCUUCUGGUAGCAUGAACGGCAGCACAGACGACGUCACGGCCGUCCGCCGCAGCAGAAGAAUAAGCACUCGCUUGCAUGACGUCUUCAGUGUCAGGACGCGGCGGAGUGACCAGGAUGAUCCAGCUCCAUACGCUGAAGCCUCAAGUAGCUUCGUGCAGCCUGCUACGUCAGAACCGGGACCCAGCUCCAGCAGUGGUGGUGGUCGUGAUGAGGAUUUGCCUGAGCUGCGGAGGUAGCUUAAUCUGAAUUGUCUUUGCUUGAAUGGGCCACGAAUGAUGUGAGAGAGGUAUUGAUGUUCUUAUGACUAUUUUGAAGAGGCUUUUUUUCGGAUCUGGAUUGAUCACUCAUUUUGUUCUGAACAGGAAUUACUUGGGAAUUUUAGUGCAUCGUUUGGCGCUUGGGAUACACAUGUUUUGGCCUCGCAUUUCGCGCUUGUUUGCGGUGGUUGGGGGUUCUAGGGCAUUUGGAUUUCAUAGGACGGGAUGGGACAGGGUGUAUAUCGCGCUCGGAGUUGUGAGGACGGAUAGUAUUUGUAUAUGAUGGAUUGAGGAGGUGGCAUCAAGGGGUGCGAUAGAUGUCACCGGGUCCUUUUCUUGUAGAAAAUUGGAUUUAUUAUAUAGGGCAAUGCUUUUGCGCAGUGAAGGCUGAUAUUUGUUCUGUGUUUGCAUAUGUAUUA